AUGUCCCAGAUGGAGGAUGAUCAGCAUCCCAAAGAAUUGUCCCAGGUGGAUAACACCCCACGACCUCCCGCAGCAUCGCCCAUAGUGGUAGCACCGACGUCUGCCAGUGAGAAUGCUGGUCAGAAACGGAAAAUUGCUGACUUAGAAGAGAACCUCACGUCGGGGCAUACAUUGAAAAGACAAAUGAUUACCUUACUCGAUAACAUUGAGGACUUAGUAGGCAAGAAUGGUUGCGAUAAGGAUGACGACGACGUUCAUGUAACUCUCGUCUUCAGCCAGGAUCGUUUGCGAAUCGGAUAUGUGGCCCUCAAAACGUCUUCAGAUAGUGAUAGUAUGGAGCACGACAAUCACUUGUGUAUGUCAAAAAGGCUUAAACAGAGGGUCUACGAUCUUCGAGGAGAUGUCAAUGGCGAUCAGACUAUCGCUAACACUCUCAUGACGCAAGCCCAAUUGCGAGACUCCCAGAGACGAAUCGACACCCUUCACACGGAACUUUUUGAUUUGCGAGGCAGGUUGUAUGACGCUCAAGUCGAACAUGCCCGCGACCUGGCAGAAAUACAGCGCGAGAUGUUGCAGAUGAGGGAAUCUAGUGGUCGAAACCAUAAGAAGCUGCCUUCCUCACCUCCCAAAAGGAAGUCAAUGGUUCACGAAUAUUACCCAGAUGGUGGACAAUCGAUUAGGUGGCUUACAGACGAGGAGUUCGAACCGUAUGAUGAACUGUCUACGGAAGAAGGCUCACGUGUUGCAAAGGUUGUUGGUGGGCCGUCGUCAUGCGGAUUGGCAGCCAGACGACGCAUGUCUUUAUCUCGCCGUUGGGCUUUGCGUCAUUUUCAAAAAGUCAAGGACGCCCGUGCCAACGCUGAUGACUCAGAAGAGUCUGUCAGCACUAUGUACCACCGUGCAAAUGGCACUCCAGAGAUCUGA